CUCUUAGACGUCGACAACAACCACACUGUAAAUCCCCACAUGUCUGGGUUAGACAAAUGUUAUCAGCGGGCAUAAAACAGUACUAACACUACCUCACAGUCAACUGGAAAUAGGGUGUUCGCCACACUCAGUGCUAUGGGGGCUACAAGGAGAUCUCAUGUGUCCUAUUUCAUCCUGCUAUUUCUGUUGCCAGUUGCAGCUUGCUUGUACUGCUACCAAUGUGGCAGCACAGGCUCAGAAGGAUCCUGUAAAACGGAUACCAAGACGAUGGUAAAAUCGGCCAACGACAUUUUAAAUAACACCAGUCCAGAUGAAGAAGUAGUAGAUACAGACUCUGAGGGAAGGACCCUGCCCUACAUCAAGAAGUGUCCCAACUCUAGGAAUGUGUGUAUGAUCGAAACUGUUGAGAAUGCACAGACGUCUGCCAUUCUUAGCUACAUCCGGGACUGCUCUGACGGGAAGACGUUCUCGUACGGAAAUUUGUCCAUGCUGCAAGGCAUUGAGCACAACAACUUCAGCACGUGUGCCUACGACACUCUCGGAUACAUGACCUGUGUCACCACCUGCCAAACAGACUUCUGCAAUGGACCAAAGGCCGGUGCCACCUCACUGAUGAUGGCGGUAGCUCUCCAAAUUGCCUGCCUGUUGUGUGUCUUCAGAAUGACGUGCACGUCUUUGUAAUGGUGUCGAAGCAUCACAGUGAGUGAGUAAGUUAAUAUUCAACGUCACAUCGUCAAUAUUUCAGCCAUAUGGUGACGAGUCAAAGCAUCACAAGCCACAAGGUACCGGAAAUAAUCAGCUGGCCAUUGCAAGGAUUCUAUUACAGUGAAACCUCGUCAAUCCGAAACCCGUUUAACCGGGAACCCCGAUUCUGGAAGGAACAUGUACAUAUAUUCAAAAGGAUAUGUCUCCAUUCCGAUUAUUCGUAAAUCCGGAAGUUAUUCUAAUCCAGAACUGCUCUGCUGUGGAUCUCACUGAGUAUGCUUUAUUUACGAUAUUGAUGGUUCUUGAGAGCAUAAACGUAAAGUAGUAUCCAAUACCUAAGAAAACGAAAUUCCUGGCAGUGAGGAACAUGGACAAUAUAAUAUAUUUGUGAUAAAGUCCAGACUGGGCCACUGACAGAACUAAUCAAUUUGUUUAAAGUGUGUAAAUGUGUAAUUACUACAUGUACGGGUACCACGAAUACUUCUUUGUAGUAUCCUGUACUAUUCAUUAUCUCCUCAUUAUUCUGGGCUCCUCUGAUCGGCCAUAAAAAUCCGUAAUAAAGAAAUGCGGAUAAAACAAUCCAGGAUACGUGACGAUUCGAGUUACCUUGAGUUUGAUGUAUUUUUUAAAUCUUAUCAAUAGGCCUGGCUAAGCCUUCGACAACCUUCGUGACGGUUCGAGUUACCUUGAGUUUGAUGUAUUUUUUAAAUCUUAUCAAUAGGCCUGACUAAGCCUUCGACAAACUUCGUGACGGUUCGAGUUACUUUGAGUUUGAUGUAUUUUUUAAAUCUUAUCAAUUGGCCUGACUAAGCCUUCGACAAGCUUCGUGACGGUUCGAAUUACCUUGAGCAUAUUGCACAUGUGUCACGGUGUGGCCUCGUUAAUUCGAAUUCCUGGCGAUACCGAAAUUAUCAAGGUUUCCGUUUUUCGGGAAAAGCAGAGAUGUAUUCUACCUGGGCCAUAAGUUUACAUCGUCCUAAACGAAGCACAGAUACAUAAUGUAGUUCGAGUUAAACGAUAUUUAACCGUAUUGAUUUUUAAAGGAUAAAUUAUUUUUCUCGAUAUGUUAGUUCUUUUAUAUGUUGUACAUGAAUAAUAAUGAAGGUCUGAUCAAACGUGUUUUCCUUCAAAAUCAAUGUAACAACACAUGUUUAUUUUGUUGUGAGAAAUGAAAUAAAAACACAUUUACAA